AACAUUUAUUUUAAACAAUUAAAAAAUAAAAAUUAUUAUUAUUUUCUAUUUUUAAGUUUCUCUAUUUUCAAAAUGUGCAGAAUCUUAUGCAACAUAUUGAACAUAUCAAAUUGAUAAAAGACAAUCAACGAAAGAUCGGUUGAUGUCUAAAUAAUUGAAACUUAGGUUAAUUAGGCCUGAGAUGAACGAUAAAAGAUAUAUAAUGAAAAAUAGAAUGGAAGAAUUGUUAGCAAGUCUAAAUCUGGGUGAGCGUGGGGAGCUGGAGAUUGAUCCACUCGGGGUUUAUAAGGGUGGAAGAAACGAGAAAGGUGAAAGACAUGGUGAUGGAAAGACUCUAUUACCGAACGGUGAUAUGUAUGUUGGACAAUAUCAUAACGGGGUUAGGCAUGGCAAAGGUAUUUAUGUAUUCAAAAAUGGUGCCCGAUAUAGCGGCAGUUGGAGAGAUGGACAAAAAUAUGAUCAGGGGAUCUUUUGGUACCCUGACGGAACGCGAUACGAAGGUACGAAAAAAUACUAUAGAGAAUUUUUUCUUAGAAUUUCCUUUUUUCUUAGAAUCCUUAAAAUCAUAGUAAUCAUGGUAAUCAUUGAAUAAUCAUAGAAUUACAUAAAUUUUA